GCAGAUAAGCAUUUCAGUGUAUUCCACUGAGGAUAAAGCCUUUGGUGUGGUCACAGAGCGUACAGACAGCACCAGGAAUGAAUCCACCUCCCUCUUCAGCUCCAAUCACUCUCUAACUCCGCAGUCACACAUAUAACCAGCUGCUGUGCCUUACACUUCUCCCAAAGUAUUCUGUGCUGCGGAACUCACAGGACACCAUGUAAACCCCAGGGGCAACUCCUGAAACAUCUUUCCUUCAGAAUUUUGCCUUCAUUUAAGCAGACACCACUUGUUGUGACUUAUGAAACAAGGAAAAGAGAGACAAGAAACAAAUUCCCUGUGCAUGAUGGCAGUAUAAACUUGAGAUCAGUUAAAAACAGCUUUUCAAAAAAACAGCCAGCAAUGGGAACACUAAAGCAGACUAACCCAACUGAGGAACUGGGCUCAAGAGGACUGCAUUCAAAGAGUAUGUCGACAUCUAUCCAUACUUUCCAUGGUGCCAACAAUAUCAUGAUGGACAGCACCAAGCUGGUGGGGGUUCAAGUGAUUCUUAUUGCAGCUUACUCUUUAAUUAUCCUUUUGGGAUUGAUUGGGAAUUCCCUGGUAAUAUACAUGAUAGUGAAGUUUAAAAAUAUGCGAACCGUGACCAAUUUCUUUAUUGCCAACUUGGCAGUUGCAGACCUUAUGGUGGACAGUCUCUGCCUGCCAUUUACUCUGGUGUAUACACUCAUGGACGAAUGGAAAUUUGGAUUAGUUUUGUGCCAUCUGUUUCCUUAUGCUCAAGCUAUGAGUGUCAAUGUCUCUACCAUUACCUUAAUAGUCAUUGCAUUGGAUAGGUACUGGUGCAUCGUUUUCCACCUCAACAGCCGGAUCUCUAAGAAUCUCAGUUUUCUUAUUAUCAGCAUUGCCUGGAUAACUGCUGCCAUCUUGGCAAUACCUCUGGCUGUUUUUAGGGAAUACCGGUAUGAGGACUUGCCGCCCAUCAAUCUAAAGAUAGCAGUGUGUGCUGAAAAGUGGACAUAUAACAGGGAUUCCACCAUAUAUAGCUUGUCCAUGCUGAUUUUACAGUAUGCCUUACCACUUGCUGUCAUAUGUUAUGCCUAUCUCCGAAUAUGGUUUAAAUUAAAGAACCAUAUCAGCCCAACAACCAGGAGUGAGAGCCAGCAGAGAAGAAAAAAAACUACCAAAAUGCUAGUGUUGAUGGUUGUAGUGUUUGCUGUGUGCUGGCUCCCCUUUCAUAUCUUCCAGUUGGCGAUAGAUCUGGAGUGGACUGUAACAUUUCAUGAGAAUAAGCUCCUUUAUACCAUUUUCCAUGUCAUUGCAAUGUGUUCUACCUUUGUCAACCCCUUUCUUUAUGGUUGGAUGAACAAGAAUUACAGACAUGGCUUCAUGACUUUUUUUGGUUGCAAGGAUACACUUCAGAACAGCCAACCUGAUGGAUCAAUGAGAGGCCACUCCUUCACAUUUCGACAGACUACCUUUCAUGGAAGUUUUAAACAUGCGUGUGAAAAUGGAAACCCACCUACACAUGUGUAGCUGUGGCUUUCAUCAGCUGUACAACCCAACAUACCCUACCAUUGUGCAAUGACUGCAUCAGUAACUACUGUACAGAAUGUAGACUCUGAAACCCUAUAAGAUCAGAGAUCGAAAUGAUCAUUUGAUGAUCUAAAAGCUAAAGAUACUUUAACCCAUGGGUUUCUUUGAAUUGUUGGUUUGCACCAUUACAUUGGAAGAAUUGUGGAUGUUUUAUGACAUGUACCGGAGGGAGUAUGUUAAUGGGAUGAACUAGUGUAUGUCCCUUUUGGACUGAUAGGUGAACAUGUCUUGUUUGGGGAAAGUAUGACUCUCUAACCAGUACACUAUUUAAUUCAAGGAUAACAAACUAGUCAAGAUUAUAUUAUUCCAAACAAAUGAGAUUGGCUGUAUAUGAUGACCUAAGGGUUAGUGAUGGGCGAAUUUAUUCGUCAGGUGCGAAUUCACGGCAAAUUUCUGCGAUUC